UUUUUUUUUUUGAUCAAUGUCAACAGAAAAUACAGAGAUCAACACAAGUUCGAUUGAACAACUAAGCUCUUCCAUCAAGAGUAUAGCGAAUGGCUUUCGACGCAUGACUUAUAAUCUAGAAAACCUUAGCCGCGUUAAUGACUCAUUCGUUGCUUUUAAUCAGGCCUUUGGUUCAUUUCUUUUGAGCAUGGCCAUCAAUGAUGCUACCAUUGACUGGAAAAAAGGACCAACAGAUAAAGACAUUGAACUAUUGAAAGAACGUAAAAGACACAUCAAAACUAUAGAAGCCGUCAAAUCAGUAUCGAAUACACCUAUGCUUGUGGAUGAUCGCGUCAUACCCAUCCCUUCUGUAUCAUCCCCAAAGAAGCGUAAAUCAAAUGAAUCAAGUCGCUCAGUUCGUAUUGCCAAAAAGAAAAAGACAGAGCCUAUUGCUGUCUCUCGUCCUCAAUUUGUCAUUAAGAUCAAUAUCCACAAGAUAAUUGAUCGCCUGCCACUUAAAUAUAGAGAAAGUGCAGAACCAAGAUCAAAUAUGGAAACAGUCCUUAAAGUUUUGAAAACACAUCCAGCAGGAUUAUCAUUUAAAGGUAUCACAUCUGCAGCCAAAAUACCACAACAUAAAGUAACAGACUGUGUGAAUGCUCUUACUCAUGCUAAAGAAGUACUUCGAAUGACAGAGAACAAAGUGAGUGUGUUUAAACUAGAUCCAGUUAAGUAUCCAAGUGAGCUGAAUAAAAAAUAAGAGCAGUCCAUUGUGACUGAACAUUAAA